CCGGUGCAGGGCAUUGUGGGUAGGGCGGCCGGCGGCAAUGGCGGCCGCCGUGGGGAUGGCCGCCCUGUGCCGGCGCCUCACGGGCGCCCUGCGGCUGGGCUCGGCGGCGGGCGGGCUCCCCGGAUUGACCCAGAACCUACUCCCCAAGAACCCAGAGAAGGCUGAGCCCCUCCGCCAGCUGAGGUCUGUGCACACUACUCUGCCUCGGAAAGGCCUGGAGGAGUUUUUUGAUGAUCCGAGAAACUGGGGAGAAAAAACAGUGAAGUCAGGGGAUGCAUGGAACAUAAAGCAGCUAAGGGGCAAGAGCAGUGAAGACUUACACAAACUUUGGUAUGUCCUACUGAAGGAAAAAAACAUGCUGCUAACUUUAGAGCAAGAAUCAAAACGCCAGCUCAAGCCUAUGCCCAGCCCAGAACGAUUAGAAAAGGUAACAAAAUCUAUGAAAAAUAUAGACUUGGUUGUCAGAGAAAGAGAAAUUGCUUUGAGGCUUUUGCAAACGGGCCACGAGAAACCAGUACCUGGGGAGUGGAGACACGACUUCUUGGGACGCACCUACUGGUACAGUUACAAGGAAUGGCCAAUACCAUGGUACUUGAAUAAAAAAUACAAAAAGAGGAAAUUCUAUUACUUACCUCACGUGAAUCGCUUCAUCAGGCUCAGGCUUGAAAAAUCUUUACGUAGAAGGGCAAGGAGGCAAAACCUGGAGAAGACAAGGCAGAAGGUCUUGGAAAGGAAGUUCCCUCACCUCGCUGUGAAAUCUCAGAGCCAGUAACGUGCUGGAAAUACCUUUGUGACCAGAACACAAAACAGAUUCUGAAAGCAGCAAACAACUGAGUGUUCCUCAGUCUCCAUCUUUUGUUUCUUUUUUUUUUAAUCCUGCAUUUGACCUAAAUUAAAUUUAUGGUCUGGAAUUACAAAAGCA